AACAUUCCAAAUGAAUUGAGAUCAUGGGGCUUGGUUAUUAAUUUAGUUGAACCCUCGCAUCACACCGUUAUAUAUAGAGCUAGCCAACCUCGACCUACUCAUAUCCCUCCUCCUCCUCUAUACUAUCAUAACGGGUUUAUAUCCUUUUAUUUUUGCAAUUGCGUCGGAGUCCAAAUGAGGAUCUUGCCGGAAACCCGAGGAACUGUGCUGUGGUUCCUCCUCUCAGCGCUCUGUUCCUCCAUUCUCUGUCACGGCCGUGUUGUUGAGGUUGUCGGCCAUGCAGAGAGUUAUAGUCUCAAGACUUCCCAUGUUUUCUCUGGACUUGGAGUGAGCAUUGAGUGUAAAGCCGAGACAGGCCAUUUCACGACUAGAGGAACCGGAAAACUAGACGGAAACGGGAAGUUCACCGUCUCUAUGAAUAAUGAUCGUAACAUCGUUAGAGAUGACGGAACCCUAACGGAGGACUGCUACGCUCAGUUACACAGCGCUGCCGCCACGCCAUGCCCAGCCGUCGACGGCCUCGAAUCAUCCAAGAUCGUGUUUUUAUCGAAAGCCGGCGACAAACACGUGCUGGGUCUUAGACAAAAUCUAAAAUUUUCACCGGAAACUUGUGUUUCCAAGUUCUUCUGGCAUUUCCCCAAGUUCAAUUGGCCUCCUCCCAUCAAAGGCUUCCACCACCUUUUCCCUCUCCCUUGCCCUCCAAAGGCAACCCCUCCGCCGGUGAAGAAGCCUUGCCCGCCGAAGAAAGUGCUUCCACCGCCGGUUCCGGUCUACAAACCUCCGCCGGUGAAGAAACCAUGCCCACCGAAGAAGGAGGUUCCUCCGCCGGUUCCGGUGUACAAGCCGCCACCUGUGGUGACUCCACCGCCGGUGAUACCGAAGAAGCCGUGCCCUCCGAUAAAACCCCCGGUAGUGCUUCCGCCGCCGAUUACGAUUCCGAAGAAGCCGUGUCCCCCGUUUCCGAAGCUUCCUCCUUUCCACCCCAAAUUCGGGAAAUGGCCUCCCUUGCCGCCAUUCCCUUCCCACCCUUGAGAGCUAAACGACGAUACAUACAUAUCUAUACAUAAUAAGUGUGCCUAUAUCUAUAUAUGCGUACGUGUGCAUGGAGGUAAAACCAUUGGUUAAUGUAUUUGUGAUUUUUCCUAAUGUUGUGUGGAUAUUCAUUUAAGCAAUAAUAUUGUAAUUGUUUCUUCGUGCAACUCUCUCUCAAAUAAUGAAAUCUGAUUGUUCUUUGUC